CUAAAACCAAAAUAACUCCACUAGUAAGAGAAAUACUCUCUUAGCAGCCUUUCUUCUACGGCGAAAAGGCUCCGUUGGCCGUGGUGGUUCUGGGGAAGAUCGCCAAACCACCGCCGGGGAGCCUCCAAAUGGAAAAACCGAAGAGGGUUUCUCCGACAAACACCUUCAUAUCCCGACUCACCCGAACCACCAGCGGCGGCGGCAGCGGCAGCGGUUCAAUCAUCCUCAACAAAUACCAACUCGGCCGGUUAUUAGGCCGCGGAAGCUUUGCCAAAGUUUAUCAAGCUUUUCCUUUAGAAGACACCACCAAAAAGGUGGCCGUCAAAUCGAUCGAUAAAUCCCUGAAUUAUGAUGCCCCACUGGAGCAGCUCAUCAACCGGGAGGUGGCGGCAAUGCAGCGGCUGAAGCACCAUCCAAGCAUCCUUAAAAUCCACGAAGUUUUGGGAACGACGACGAAGGUUCACAUAGUUAUGGAACUAGCCCAAGGCGGGGAGUUAUUCACGAAGCUUCAACAAAAGGGUCGGUUCUCUGAAUCGACGGCGAGGAAUUAUUUCUGCCAAUUGAUCUCGGCGUUGCAGUUCUGCCACCAGAACGGAAUAGCCCACCGGGACAUUAAGCCGCAGAAUCUCCUCCUGGAUGAAGAAGGGAACCUUAAAAUCUCUGAUUUUGGGCUCUCCGCCUUGCCGGAACAGCUCAAAAACGGGCUUCUUCACACGGCUUGUGGUACUCCGGCGUACACGGCGCCGGAGGUUGUGUACCGGAAGGGUUAUGAUGGGACAAAGGCUGAUGCAUGGUCUUGUGGGGUGCUUUUGUAUGUGUUUCUUGUGGGUUCUCUUCCUUUUGAUGAUAGUGAUCUUCCGAAGAUGUACAGAGCAAUGAAUCGUCGGAUGUUUAGUUUUCCGGAAUGGGUUUCUAAGCCGGCGAGAAGCAUAAUUUGCCGGUUGUUGGAUCCGAAUCCGGUUACGAGGUUAACGAUUGAGGAGGUGAUGAACAGCUCUUGGUUUAAGAAGAGUAAGAUUACAAGCAAGCAGCAACAGGGAUGGAGUGCUCAGUUCAUUCAGAAAGACUCUGCUUAUCUGACCAAGAUGAAUGCUUUUGACAUAAUUUCUAUGUCAUCUGGGCUCAAUUUAUCCGGGUUGUUCGAGAUGGGAUUGAAGAAGAAGGAGUUGAGAUUCACUUCAGGGUCAAAGGUUGGUGAUAUUGAAGAGAAAGUUGAGAAGGUUGGUGGGGAAUUGGGGUAUAGAAUUGAAAGAGGCAAAGGUGGAGGAAUAGGAUUAGUCAAAGGGUGUGCAUUGUUGUUGGUGGAGAUUUGGGAGGUGGCUGAAGCGUUGUGGAUGGUGGAGUUUAAGGUUGUGGAAGGAAGGAUGAUUGAGUUUGAAGAAUAUCAGUGGGAACAACUCAAAGCCGGGCUCGAAGAUAUUGCUCUCUCAUGGCAUAAUGAGCUUGAUGAAUUUUGAAAGGGGAAAUAGUUUGCAGAAGUAGAGUUCCUGUUUUGGUUUAGCUGAGCAGUUCAAUCUUGUAUAGUAAUAGAUUAGCAUCUGUGUUUUGGUUUAGCUGAGCAGUUCAAUCUUGUAUAGUAAUAGAUUAGCAUCUGUGCCUUAGGGAGGAGUUCUUGAAUGUUUAGAUUAUGACUGCUAGUUGAUUAUACAGGAUAGGGACUUUGCGAUUUGGGAGGGAGCUGAUCUUGAUUGAUCUGUAACUGGCAUUUUGUGUAUAAUAGUUUCAAACUUUCAGUUGAUGUUAACUUUAGUUUCUAUGCAUUUGUUUUGCAUAUAAGUAUUUGUUAUCUUCAGCAUGAGGAGUUCUGCAUUUGUAUCAAGAAACCUGAGUGUUCAAUUUUAAAAAUGAUUUCUGUAAACGUGGAAAUUCAGAAAGAAAAGUUGAAAAACAGGUCAAUCAAUCUUGG